AUGAAAAGAUUCCCUAUUAAAAGAAAUAGGAAAGAGUAUAUACAAACUGCAUCAGGGAAUAUUGUUUGCCGUAAAACUAUCCUAUGCGGAAGUCAGAAUAUCCACCUAUUAGGUACAUGUAUUAUAGACCAAGGAGUUAUACUACGUGGUGAUUUAGCUGUUAUACGAAUUGGUCAAUAUGUAAUAUUGGAACCAAACUGCAUUAUACGGCCUUCUUUCAAGAGAUUUAAAGAGAAAUAUGGAUCUAUUCCAAUAAGUAUUGGUGAUUGUGUACAUAUAGGGGAAAACUCAAUUGUAAUGGCAACAUCAAUUGGUUCAAAUAUAUUAAUUGGAGACAAUUGUAUUAUUGGUCAUGCUAGUAUAAUCAAGGAUAACUGCAUCAUAUUACCAAAUACUGUAAUAUCACCUGAUACUGUUAUACCUCCUUUUACUGAAUGGAGUGGAAAUCCAGGUAUACGUCUACCAGAAUCUACUAGCAUCAAGCUACAACAGGAUACCAUAGAUUAUUAUACAAAUUACCAACUGAUUUCACUUAACAGUCAAAAUAGUAUAAAAAGUGAGUCUGGAUCAAUAUCUAGAACAAAUACAUCAGUUAUAUCAAGACUACAAACAGGGAUAGAACAAAAUAAUAGUACUGAAAUAUCGCAACCUGAAUUAAAUACAGGUACUUAA